CAAUCGAUGAAUUAGAUCCCUUCAACUUGCUUUCAACUCCCACCAGAUACUGGAACUUGCCAUUAUGUCUACAGCAUUUGAGCCAUCGCUUUCGACGAGCACCAUGCGCCCUCCGCUUUCCUCUGCCUACGCGCCAUCUAUGGCGGACUCGCUCCCCAGUAUCAAUUUCGGAUUUGAUGAGCUCCGCGAUAGGAUGGCCAAGUUCACUGUGAAAUUCGACAAUUUUAUAGAGCAAGGACGGAAGCGUGUUUUGGAGGAGAGGAAUCAGUUUCGCAUGAAUGUCGCUGAACUUCAGGAGGAUCAACGAAUGAAGAAGAAGGACAUCGAGAUUCUAUCCUUGAAAGCCAGUACGCACCAGCAGACGCUUGCGAAGGAAGCCGCCGAGACGAAUGAAAUGAAAUCAGCCAUCGCUUCUUUGACAUCGCAACGGGAUGCGCACCUAGCGACUCGAGAAGAGCUCAAGAAACAAAUUGCGGAAACUCAAAAGCAAAUUGACGCACGGCUGGCCGCCCAACGGGCCCAUGCUCAGCAUAUUGACUCCCAGUCGCGUUUCAAUAUUCCCGAGCUUGACUUUUGGACUUCAACGCUGGGUCUCACAGUUGAAGGAGCCGGACUGAAUGACCGAUUGAAAUUCAUCUUCACGCAUAUCGAUGACCGGGACUGGACUAGGGAAGCUUGGUUUGAAUUGAACACAUCUAGGAGGGAUUAUGAAAUCCCGUAUUGCAAACCCAAGCUGGAGAAAGAACAAAUCGAACGUAUCGUAGACCAGCUGAACGAGACCAGAGACUUGCGGCUCUUGUUGAAGGGCAUGAGGGAGCUAUUUGUCGAGGCAAUGAAGGGAUGAACUGAGGCUACUGGGUAUGAAGAAUCCGUGGCGUUCUAGGUUAGGACAGAGUAAUGAUGUGUGUCAACGGGACGGCGUUUUGUGCGUAUUAUACUGUCGCGGACUCGGCGUUUUGAUAAUCGUUCUCAAUCAAAGAUAAUGUAACUCAUUGUCCCUUUAAAUAAAUCAUUCAGUCUAGGUUGUGAUAAGCGCAAUAUCAAUCAUUAUUUGAGUUGGC